UCGCGUGAAUUUGAAAAACCGGACGGAACCAAUUUUGAGGUGCAACGGUGAAAUCUGUCCGAUAGAAACGACUAAAAAAUGAAAUUGAACUUUGAGAAGUUCUCCAUUUGAACGUGGUUAAAUGUUUAACGUGUAUAUUUAUGUUUAGACGUGGUUUCAAACCAGUUUUAGCAAAGACGAUGGUAUUCUGGAUGUUUGCUGUGUUUUUACUGACAGGGGCCGCCGCGGAGGAAAUGGUGAACAUCCCGGGAGGAAAGAUGUCAAUGGGAACCAGUGCACCCGAUGGGAGAGACGGAGAGUCUCCCACCAAGGAGGUCGAGCUUCAGCCUUUUGAAAUAGACAGACACCCCGUCACAAACGCCGAUUUCAGAGACUUUGUGAGAGCCCAGAAGUACAAAACUGAAGCCGAGACGUUUGGCUGGAGUUUCGUGUUUCAGGACUUCGUGUCAGAAGAGCUGAAGAGCAAAGUCACUCAGAGAAUUGAGUCUGCUCCGUGGUGGCUGCCUAUAGAGCGUGUGUUUUGGAGACAGCCUUCAGGGCCUGGUUCGGGGAUUCGAGAUCGUCUGGACUUUCCAGUGGUUCAGGUGAGCUGGAAUGACGCCCAGGCCUUCUGCAGCUGGAAAAGCAAGAGACUGCCCACGGAGGAGGAGUGGGAGUGGGCUGCACGUGGGGGGCUGCAAGGUCGGACCUACCCAUGGGGAAACAAGUUCCAGGCCAACAGAACCAACCUGUGGCAGGGAUCUUUCCCAGAUGGAGACACUGCAGAGGAUGGAUACCACGGCAUCUCUCCUGUUACAGCGUACCCUCCCCAGAAUAGCUAUGGACUGUAUGACAUGAUGGGAAAUACAUGGGAGUGGACAUCCACACGCUUUUCAGCAGCGAGGCCGAUGUACGUGCUGCGCGGUGCCUCCUGGAUCGACACAUUGGACGGUUCAGCUAAUCACAAGGCUCGAAUCACAACCAGGAUGGGCAACACUCCCGACUCUGCUUCUGACAACCUUGGAUUCAGAUGUGCUGCCAGUGAUGGACAGAAGGGCAGGAAGAAAAAAGAAAAAGCAGAACUAUAGCCUCAGAGGACAGCAGUGUGGAUUUGAGCCAGCAGUGAACAGCCUUUAAUAAUAAAUGUGAUGACUUUAAAGUUUACAACAAGAUGGAAGCAAAGGACUAAAUAAAAAUGAGGAAGAAAUUCACAUUAAACGUGAAGCUAACUAUAUUUCUCCUGUGGAGAAUUUCAUAAAGAAUAAAGGAAAUCUACCAUUAUGAAACAUUUAAUAAAAAAUACUUUUUAAAAUGAUGAAAAAAAUAAUUUAUUACUAUUUUCCAAGAACUUUCUGUUUACCUGUAACAGUAACAUCAUGCCAGAUGCUAAAUGAUUACACCAUGCAUUUGCUACUUCGCCUUUAGAGGUCGCCACAGGAGAUAAAUCUGCCUCCAUCUCACCCUAUCCCUCACAUCUCUCUAAAUCUAUGAAUCUCCCGUCUGGUCUUCCUCUUUUCUUCCUGCCUGGCACCUCCAUCUUCAACAUUCUUUGUCCAAUAUAUCCACUAUUCCUCUUCUGUAAAUGUCCAAGCUUGUUAUCCUUGCCUCUCAAACCUUUGGCUCCCAAGACACUCAACCUGAGCUCUGAUGUACACAUUUCUAAUCUUGUCAAUUCUGGACACUUCCAACAUCAAUCUAAAAUUCUUCAGCUCUCUCAAAACUACUUCCUUCUUUCUAGGGUGGACUGUUGAAAUUCCUCGUUUUGCAACCUUGCAGUGUGAGUACUGCGAGAUCAUGUUUCUCCCCCGUUAGCUUCUCUUCAGUGGAUCCCUGUGAAUUCCUGAAUUUAUCCCACAUUUAUUCUCAAAAGACCUCAUUGUACUAUAUAAUCCCCACGGAGCACUGCUGUUUGUGCUCCCUCUGUGCCCCUCUUUUCUCUUUCUCCUCACUGGUCACAGCACAUGGCUGCCCAUCCUGGAGCCGUUUUCUGCUGCAUAGUGCAGGCUUAACUAAAGAGACUUGCUUACAUGCCUCUGAACAUAUCCAGUGAAAUGAACAAGUGGGGCACUCUUUGCCAGCAUUGGUAGUCUUCCUUCCAUGUGGUGGGAUGUGUCUUUUGUUGAGCGUUUCUAUGUGACUGGGUAGUAAAUUGGUCCGUUUGUUCAGUCUAGGCUUCUCUAAUCCUGUCCUUGGCUUUCUGUUUACUUUCCCAUAGUGAGGGUCUGACUGAUUGGGCUCAUUCUGCUAAACAGACCAGAAAUGUUUUGAAAAACUCCACUUUGGUUAAAUACAGUAACAGUAUAAAGCCAAGACCUCUGACUUUGUGAUGAAGUGUCUUAGCCCUGACCAAAGAAUCAGUUUGAGUCCUGGUUAUUCUAAUAAUCUAAUGAUAUAAAAUUGACAAACUGUUAUCAAACAGCUUGUGCAGAGGUUGUUUUAAGCUGCAUUUCUUGAGGAGGAGAGCAAAGUUA